AGGCAGUUUGUAUGAUAUCGCCGCGUGAAAUUAUGUGCACUGGUGAAUUGUGAGUGAAUAGUAGUGCAGGAUAUUACUCACACAGGACACAGCUUUACUGGUAAGACGAUGUCGUACUUCGACCGUAACCGAUCUCUGGAAAAUCUUCCAAGUCUAUCUAGGAGCGGACCUGUCCCGAGAGAAGGUCGCAAUCUUGACCAUCUUCACAUUGACCCUGGCUCUAGCAACCAUGGACCUUUUAACAGCACAGCUCCUGCUAGCGUGUAUACCCACGGCAGACAUGCACCAACGGGAGCACCCGUGUCACCAAAGGACCAGAAGAAGGGGUCAUCGUAUUUUGAUCUUCAUGAUCAGCUCCAAAUGUACAAGGAAGAGAUUGAUAAGAGAGAUAACCUGAUCUCUCAGAUUACAAGCUUUUCACCUGGAAACAGUUAUAUAAAGGAUCCUGCAAUAUCGGGAUAUUACAACCCCUCGGUUGACGUGCUCUCUAGAUCAGAGACUGGGACACUUCAGAUGAAAUGUGAUAAACUGCAAAGCGAGCUUAUAGAGGCGGAGUCGCGACUGCUAGAGACGGAAGCCGCCGUUAAGCGCCACCUGGCGGAAUUGGAAUCGGUGCGUCACACGCAGACGUCCCAGCACGCUCUCAUACAGUCGCUCCAGCAGCGGCUGGAGGACAGCGAACAGCAGAUCAAAAGCUUUCGAAACAUCCAAGGUCGCGGAGAGGUCGCCAUCUUGUCCAUGCAGCAGGAGAACAAGGAGAAGCAAGAGAGCAUCUCGAAACUCGAAUCGCACCUCAGGAACAGCAUAAAAGAGAGGGACGAACUGGAGCAGAGAAAUCAGCAGGCGGAGGCGAGAUACCUCAAUCUAGCAUCGCACGUCACCUCUGUCAUCGGCCAUGACGGUUUCGAGGCAUUUUCGCCAGGUUCCCACGAGGAAAUAACCAGUAAGCUUUCAGAGUUGCUCAAGGAAAACGCCAGUCUGCACGGGAAGAUAGUAAUGAUGACGGAGGCACUGGACGCUGCGGAGAAAGAGAGCAAGGCGAACAGAGACACGAUCACGCACCUGACCACCUCUAUCAGUCACGAUCACAAGCAAGCGAGCGAGAACUCGUCUUUGAUGGAGACGUACAGACAGGACAAGAGACGAGGCUCUUCGCCAUCAAGACCAGUUGGAGAAGGAAAAGGAAUACUUGCAAACACGCGUGUAUGCCACCCAGCAUGCCGUAAUAGAGGCAGAGAACAUGGAAUCUUAUCAAAGAAGGACAGCAUAUUACCUGAAAUUCAGAGCCAGUUGCUUCAGGCGGAGCAGCAUUCGCGAGCUGUGGAGAUAGAACUUCGCACAUUCAGAGAGCAACUGUCGGCCAUUUUGAGCGACGGCCAUCAUAGAACGCCCGCCGAGGAACAAGCGAUCAAGGAACGACUGAAGGAGUUAAGCUCUAGCAGCAGGGAUGCAAGCCUGAAAGUGUAUGCGUUGGAAGAGAAGUCAAAGUCGCUUAAGGAGCAGUUGGAGACACAGUGCGAGCUUCACCAGCAGGCAGCCCAGAGAAGCAAGAGGACGGAGGGGGAAGCCGAGGAACUGAAAGGGCUACUGCAGAGGGCAGAGGGAGAACUCAUGGCCAACGACGUCAUCAGAAACAGCGAGAAAUCAGAGAAGGGCAGAUACCGUGCCUUCCUUAAAAAGCUGGCCGAUGUGAUUGGUAUGGAUCAGUUCAUUGGAGAAUUGGACAUCGAUGGCAAUGCACUACUAACUAGAGCUGAUCAGCUUGUUAAAGCAGAAGGCGAUACCGUGUCAAACAAGUCCACACAACUCUACAGUUUGCAGAGAAAGUUGAAGGGCCUUAAACAGCAGUUGGAGAGCAAGGACCUUCAACUAGAGAUGCUGAGAAAGAAAGUGAGCAAACUAGAAGAGAGUAGCACAAGUCGCGUGACCUUGGACAGGGACCGUGAUGACAUUGAGGCUCGUAACAGACGCCUGCAGAAGGAAGUGGAGAAGAUGAGGAAACAGACAAUCGACCAGCGAGGCCAGAUGUUGGGAAUGAAGGCAGAAAUGGCCGAGUCCAACAACUGGAAGACAAAGUCCGAGAUAGAGCAGACGGACAUGGAGGGAAACCACAGAGCCGCACAGGCAGAGAAUGCUGUGCACAGCUUCUCAAACGAAGUGCGCAACGUCAAGGCUUCGCUUUGA